AUGAAAGAAAAACAACUACCAAUUCAACUUGAAACAAUAAAACUAUCGCAAGUAGCGAUAUUCAAACAUAAUGAAAAUGGAUUACCAACUAUACUACUAGCACAAAGAAUAAAUCCAAACAAAAUAUAUUACUCAUGGUAUGGAAUACCAGGAGGAAAACAAGAACGACCUUAUGAAACCUUUGAACAAAUAGCAGAAAGAGAAACUCUAGAAGAAACUGGAAUACUCAUUUACCCUAAAAAACUUAUUAAAAUAAGAUAUAGUUAUUACCCACCUAAAGAUACAAACAGGUAUAAUACUAUCAAUCCAACUAAAAUAAAAACAUAUAUACAUCCUGCCUAUAAUCAAGAACCACUACAAAUGGAACCAAACAACCAUAGAAUAUGGAAUUACUAUACUAAAGCAGAAAUAUUAGACCAUAUUAUAACGAUACCUGAAUUACAAUUACAACUUAAUACAAUAUUUUACACAAUAGAAAAUUACCAAAAAAUACUAGAAAUACGGUACAAACAAGAAGAAGAACUAGACUCAGAAAACAAAGAACAAUUUGAAAAAAUGAAAAUACUAGAAUUUACUGAAAAAGAAGCUACAGAUUUUGUAAAUAAAUCUUUUGAAAGCAUACAAUAA